AUGUACGGUAAUCUAUUUGUUUAUGAUCCUGAAUGGAAAUUAGUUGCAUUUGAAUCAGGUUCGUUAUCAUCAUCACGAUGUUUAAUAUUUCUUGGUGGUCUUACAGAUGGUCUUUUAUCACUUCCGUAUGUUGAAAAACUUUCAUCUAAACUUGAAUCUCUUUCUAAACCAUUUUCAUUAAUUCAACCAUUAUUACGUUCAUCAAGUCUUCAAUAUGGUUGGCAUACAAUUGAUAAUGAUAUUGAAGAUUUAAAAACUUUAAUUAAUUAUUUAACGAAUAAUAGAAAUCAUUUAAAAUCAAUUAUACUUAUGGGACAUUCAACAGGUUGUCAAGAUAUUAUUCAUUAUCUAAGACAUGAAAAAAAACAUGAAAAAAUUCAUCGUGUUAUUCUUCAAGGACCUGUUAGUGAUAGACAAUAUUUAUCUACACUUUCUUCUACAAAAGAUCAAUUAGAUUAUUGUUUUAAAAAUAAUAAAGAUAUUAAGCAAUGGUUACCAAGAAGUCUUCAUGAGCCACCAUUAACAAUUGAACGUUGUUUAUCUUUGAAUGAAAUUAAUUCAAUUGAAGAUUUCUUUUCCAGUGAUUUAACAGAUGAACAAUUAAAAUAUAUUUAUGAAAAUAUUCAAACACCAAUAACAUGGAUUUGGUCAAAACAAGAUGAAUAUGUUUCGGAUAAUAUUAAACAAAAUGUGGAAAAUUUUAUUAAAAAUAAAUUAGCAAGUAAACAAAAUUCAACAUUUAUUUCACUUGAAAAUGCUGAUCAUGCUGUUAGCAAUUUACAAGAACAAAAUUAUAUGAUUGAACAUAUUAUUCAAGUUAUUUCACCUUCCGAUAAACAAUAA